AUGAAGAACAAAUGGCGCAGAGGAGAUGAAGCAAUACGAGACGUCACUGUUGAUGCAUCUUGGAAAAAUGAAAAAGAAGGAGGAGGUAUAGGAUGGUCCUUGCAUAGUAAAGAAGGCAUCCAAAAACUUCAAGGCUCCUCUUCUAUAAUCCCUACAAACUCUCCAAUUGAAGCAGAAGCAGUUGCGUUGUUAAUGGCGACUCAGCAGAUGCGAAGGCUUCAAUAUCGUAACGUUGCCUUCAUUAGCGAUUGCAAGAAGCUCAUAGAUGAGUUACACCAGUGCUUAGCUGGAAAAACCAUCACAAAGGCUCGGCACACUGAGAUCCUUGAACGUGAGAGCUAA